AUGCCUGAUAAUCGGCAGGUUCAGAGCAAUGGUGGCAUGUCCAAUUCCUCCAAUACUUCUGUUGACAACAUUGGAGAAGCUAUUAGGAGGUUGAAAAUUAAGCGCAAUGAUACUAUGGGUGAUGGUGAAGUGGGUCAAUCGAGCCCGUAUCCCGAUCGUCCUGGGGAGCUUGAUUGCCCAUAUUAUUUAAGGACUGGGAUGUGUGGUUAUGGAAGCAAGUGCCGAUACAAUCAUCCACCUAAUGCUGCACCGGUGCAGGGUGGUCAGUAUGGAGGUGAAUUGCCGGAAAGAAUUGGACAACCUGACUGUGGGUAUUUUCUGAAGACAGGUACCUGUAAGUACGGCUCAACAUGUAAAUAUCAUCAUCCGCGGGAUAGGCGUGGUGUUGUACCAGUCUAUGUGAACAUGUGGGGGCUACCAAUAAGACAGGAAGAAAAAUCGUGUCCUUAUUACAUGCGAACUGGAUUAUGUAAAUUUGGAGUCGCAUGCAAGUUCAAUCAUCCUCAGCCAGCAUCCACUGGAGCUGUCUUACCUUUUCCAGGACCUGCCACUUAUACUACUUAUGGAUCCACAGGUUCCUCAGUAUUGCCUUCAUCUGCUCUUCCGUUUGUAGGUGCACUUCCAGCAGGAUCAUUACCAAGUUCAGGAUAUUCGUCUGGCCCUCGCCUACAAGGUCCCUCGUACUUGCCUGUUACCUUUUCUCCUUCACAGGGCACUUUGCCUACACAAGGCUGGAACACAUACAUGACCACGCCAUUAGCAAGCUCUGGCUUGAAAGCAAGUAGCAAUGGAUUGAGCUGCGCAAAAUACCUUGCUCCUUGGGAAUUCGUUUUCUUGCUGGGCCUUUAG